GGACGCGAGAUCCGCAAACGUGCAGCUUCGCUGUAAACAAUGAAAUUGAGGGUUACUGCUGCUGCUCUAAUCCCCUGAAUGCCGGACCGGGCUGCUCCCCAGCAAUGCAUUUCGGGAUCCGCAGGAGGAUGCAGGCGGUUGCUGCAGGGCUUUAACUCGCACCUCUGUGUCUCUUCGGAAGGGGCUGGCGGGGCUGGAUGGUGCUUACAUGGACGCCGUGCGCCGGCAGGGAGCGGAGCUGCCGCCGCUGAAGCGGGGUCGUAACUCCCGGAGCGGGGUGUGACACGGGAGGAUUUUUUAAAAAGGAAAAAAGCACAUUAAAUUUCGGUUGCAGUAGCUUCUGGUUUGGCAUUUCGAUUCGGUGUUCCAGCAAAACAGGUCUCUUCACCACCUCCAUCUCCUGCAGCGGGCACGCUGCGAUGCCCGGGCUGGAUGCUGCCGCCUGAGGGGAGGAGAGCAGCGGGAACAGACAUGUAUCUUCUGGACAGCAGCGACCCGCCGGCUGCCGCCGCCGCCUCCUCUCCGGAGAAGAUGCAGCGAGGCACCCCCCAGAGAAAAACCGUCUACCGCAUCUCCGUGACCAUGGUGAAGAAGGAGCUGCUGGGACCAGAGAGCGGCCAUCCCGGACCGGAGCUGCCCCGUCGCGGGCGCCGUGGAGGGAGCCGGGCGCCGGGCUCUUCCAGUCUCACCAGAGCUGGGCUGCUACUGGUGGAGGAGGAGGAGGGUGAGGAGGAAGGCGAGGAGCGGGACAGAGUUCCUCCCAGCCCCUGCGGAUUUCGCAACUUCAGGACCCUCAGCACCGGGCAGCUGGAACUGGGCCGCCUCAAGGUGCCGCGGAGAGCCGGGCAUCCGUUCGCUGCUGAGCUCACCCUCGGGAGAUUGCGGGACAGCCCGGACCCGGACGGCAGCGGCGGGGAGCCGGCGGCCACCUGCGGCCGGACUGAAGUCGCAACCUCCCCCGAGGAGGAGGAUGGGGAUCUGGGGGCCCACGACCAGUCGGCAGGCCGCUCGGGCGAGGCCCCGCAGGCGGAGGAGCUGGGGCAUAGUCCCCGGCGGCAGCCGGGCCUGCUGCGGCGGAGCUUCAGCUUCAGGCACUGGAGCGGCGGCAGCGGCAGCGGGGAGGUGUUGCGGGUGCGGGCGCUGAGCCGGGUACGGAGGCACAGCAGCUCCGGCUGUCUCCCCGGGCCGCCGUCGGGCCAGGGUGCCAGGGCGCAAGGCUCGCCACUGGCCACCGUCCCCAGUGUCCCCCCCGAGAAGCGCAACACGCUGGACGUGGGCGAGGUGCUGAGCCAGGCGGACCCGCUCUCCCGGCUAGAGCGCUGGGAACGGAGCAAGAGCAAGAACCGAACUCUGGAUAACAGCGACCUGCAGCGGCUUUCCGAGCGGCUGGGGAGGGAGGGCCCUGCCGCCGCCGUAGCCCACGAGCACCGACUGCUGCGCUUCUUCAGCGGCAUCUUCGCCCGUAAGGACGGCACCACCGCCCUCUUUGGCAGCCCCCACGGGCGAUCCCCACGCAGCAGCUUCGCCAGGUCAAGGGCAUACUUUAGCAGCCUCAGGAGAGCCACCGUGGACAUGCAGUCUAGCUCCGAGAGCAUCAACGGGUCCCCCCACAAAGGUGCCCUUCCUUGUUCCGUCUCGGGGGGGUGGUGUAUUUGCUGCAAAGCUCUGUGUCGGUGGCGAGGGAUAGCGGGAUCAAAUAAUAUUUGUGAGGAGAAGGGAGAUGCUGCACUGGGAUACGUGAGGGUUGCCUGCAGUAGUAGGUAUGGCGUGGUUUUAAGCAUGUGA